UCUCGCGGGGCUGCUGUACGAAGAUGGCGGCUGAACUGGUGGAAGCGAUGAACAUGGUGAAGAGUUUCCGGGUGUCUGACUUACAGACACUGCUGGCGUCCAUGGGCCGCAGUAAAAGCGGGCUUAAGCAGGACCUGGUGGGAAGAGCCCUGAGGCUGGUGCAGACAGAAUACAGCCCAGAGCUGCUGAAGAACGUCAGGCAGCUGUACGAGACACGUUUCCCCAAAGCGUCGGGCUGGCUGGCCGCGCGCAGGCCGGAAGGGGUACCCGUGGGUUACCCCGCUAUGAACUCCUCACCCAGAACCACGGUCCAGGGCACAGACUACCUCAACGGCAUCCCCAAACCCGCGGCCCCUCCUGCGGCCGAAGUCAAACUGGUGCCCUUGCCUUUCUACCAAAACUUGGAGACACUGUUGCCACCCACAGAACUGAUCGCUCAGAACAGUGAGAAACUGCAGGACAGUCAAUGUGUGUUUGAAUUAACACAAAGCCAAGUAGACCAGAUCCGAAAUGCCAGUGAACAUCGUCCAGGAAUUAAAUCAAUACAGGUGGUGCUAAGAAUCUGUUACACAGAUACCAUUGGUGUCCAAGAGGACCAGUACCCUCCCAAUAUUGCUGUCAAAGUCAACCAGUCCUACUGUCAUGUCCCGGGUUAUUACCCGUCUAACAAACCGGGGGUUGAACCUCGUCGACCCUGUCGCCCGGUCAACAUCACACCCUGGUUACACCUCUCAACAGCACCCAACAGAGUCACCAUCACAUGGGGCAAUUUCGGCAAGAGGUACUCUGUGGCCGUGUAUUUGGUGCGGGUCUUCACGUCUGCAGAGCUGUUCAGCCAACUCAAACACUGCUCAGUGGAGAGCGCCGACAGAUGCCGCGAACGCAUUCAGGAUAAGCUGCGAUUUGAUCCCGAGAGCGAGAUCGCCACUACAGGCCUGCGAGUUUCACUCAUCUGUCCACUUGUGAAGAUGCGUCUGGGCGUGCCGUGUCGGGUGCUGACCUGCGCUCACCUGCAGUGCUUUGACGCCGUCUUCUUCCUCCAGAUGAACGAGAAGAAACCCACAUGGACCUGUCCCGUCUGCGACAAACCCGCUCCCUUCGAGCUGCUCACCAUCGACGGGUUGCUGUCUGAGAUCCUAAAAGAAACAGAAGACGUGGAAGAGAUCGAGUAUCUCACCGACGGCUCCUGGAGACCGAUUCGAGACGAAAAAGAGAAAGACAGGGAGAGAGAGCGGAGCCACACGCCCGAGUACCCGGUGGUGGAUAUAUGUGUCCCCGAGGCAAAUGGCCAUUCGCCGGCGCACAGCAGCACGAGCCAAACCGGCAAAUCGUCGGGAGGAGGGGGCGGGGCCGGCGCCGCCAACGCCGGGUCGGGAGGAGGGGGCGGAGGAGCCGUGGUGGACCUGACGCUGGACGAUUCGUCGGAGGAGGAAGGCGGAGGGGCGGCGGGAGACAGCGAAGACACAGAGGACAGCCAAGACAGCCCCUCGCCCAAACGGGGGCGCUACGAUUACGACAAAGAUCUGGUCACAGCGUACUGACCAGGGGGACGAACUGACUUGACACGC